UAAGAUGGCGGCACUUGUCAUUUGUUAAUUCUAAAGUAAACAUCCGCGAAUGAAGACGUGGGGAAUUUUUCGCAGCGCACGACAAAAAGGUACACGUCAGUUGUUCGCGUCUGAUCUCUACAACACGAAGGACAUUCCAAUUGGUGACACUUACAGUAUUUGUUAGAAAAAUGCGGUGCUUACUGCUACUGGGUCUAUGUAUUUUUGUGGUUCAACAAUCUGUUGCACCACCAGUGAAAGAAAAGAAGAAAGAAAAGGACGAGAAGGAAGAAAACGAAGAAGAAAAUGUGGAAAGUAUGGAUCAUGACAAACUGGAAUAUAGCAGAUAUUUGAAGGAAGUUGUAGAAGUUCUUGAAAGCGAUCCUGAGUUUCGUAAAAAAUUGCAGGAGGCUAAGGAGGAGGAUGUCAGAAGUGGAAAAAUAGCCCACGAGCUCGAGUACGCAAAUCACAACGUGCGUACAAAAUUGGACGAGAUCAAAAGGAGGGAAAUUGAGAGAUUGAGACAUCUUGCGACGAAAGAAUUCGAAUUAGAAAAUGGCCUAGACAUUGAUCAUAUGAAAAUUCCGGAACAUUUGGAUCACGAAAAUCCACACUCCUUCGAAAUUGACGAUUUGAAGAAACUCAUUGCUCAGACUACUAAAGAUUUGAAUGACGCCGACGAGAAACGGCGAGAGCAAUUUAAAGCAUACGAAAUGCAGAAGAAAUUCGAACAGGAGCAGAAGCUGAAGGGUAAUGAAUUGGAUGAAGAGGCUCGUAAGAAGUACGCGGAGGAAGUUCACCAAAUGGAAGAAAAACACAAGAAGCAUGACCCUUUGCAUCAUCCUGGAAGUAAACAACAGCUUGAAGAGGUUUGGGAAAAACAAGAUCACAUGGAAAGCCAGGAUUUUGAUCCGAAAACCUUCUUCUACCUCCAUGAUCUUGACGGUAAUGGCGCUUGGGAUCAGAACGAAGUGAAAGCUCUGUUUCGUAAAGAACUCGACAAGCUUUAUGCCGAGGGACAUCCCGAAGAUGAUCUUCUGGAAAGGGCUGAAGAAAUGGAAAGAAUGAGGGAACACGUCUUCAAAGAAGCUGAUCUCAACAAAGAUGGGCUCAUCAGUUUCAAUGAAUUUUUGCAACAAACGAAAAGGCCAGACUUCCAGAAAGACGAGGGAUGGGAAACACUCGAUGAGCAGCAAAUUUACUCGAAAGAAGAGUAUGAAGAGUUUGAAAAAAGGAGGCAAGAGGAAAUCCAGCGAAUGGUUGCCAAGGGAAUGCUACCACCACACCAGGAUGUUUAUGGAUACCCUCACCAGUUCCCUCAACAUAACGCACAGGUACCGCCCCAGGGACAGCCUCAACAAUAUGUGCCACAUCCAAAUCAGCAAGUUCCGUAUCACGGACAACCAAUCCCACAACAACAGUAUCCCCCACAGUAUCAGCAACAGGCUCCUCAACAAUAUCAACAAUAUCAGCAGCAAGUAAAUCAACCUCAAGGACAGAUGCCUCAACAAAUUCCACCUCAAGGUAUACCACCUCAACAAAUUCAACCUCAAGGACAAGCUCCUCAACAAUAUCCUCCUCCAGGACAAGUCCCUCAACAAUAUUCUCCUCCAGGGCAAGUUCCUCAACAAUAUUCUCCUCCAGGACAAGUUCCACUUCAAGGACAAGCGCCACUUCAAGGACAAGUGCCAAUUCAAGGACAAGCGGCACAAUAUCAAACUCAAGGACAAGUGCCUCAGCAAUACUCAUCUCAAGGACAAGCUCCCCAAUAUCAACCUCCAGGACAAGUGCCACAAUAUCAACCUCCAGGACAAGUGCCACAAUAUCAAACUCAAGGACAAGCGCCUCAACAAGCUCCAACAUCAGCACAAGUCCCUGAACAAGUUGUAUCUCAAGGACAAGUCCCUCAACAAGUUCCACUUCAAGGACAACCGCCUCAACAAGUUCCACUUCAAGGACAACCGCCCCAACAAGUUCCACUGCAAGGACAAGUCCCUCAACAAGUUCCACUUCAAGGACAAGUCCCUCAACAAAAUCCACCUUUGAAUGUGCCAGCGCCAAACAGUAUUCCUCCUGUUGCAAAUAAAGUUUGAAAAUUUCCGGAAAAAGACUAUCACUUUUCAAACAGCAGUGCUCUUUUUACCUGAUAAUAUAGGAACUUGAAUUGAAAAAAGUCUCGGACUUUAAUUUGGAGAUUUGAAGGUAUUAGUGAAGAAACUACAAUUCUCAAGCAUCUUUUUUAAGUUGAAUAUUUUUUAUUGUACAAUAUUGUCUCUCGCUUGGAUUGUGAUACCUUGCCAGACUGCAAUCCGACCCGACCCGAAUCAAGGGCUGGCCACAUCCGUCUUCAACAUCCAUUUGGAUAUUUUGCUUUUCAUCAACAGUUUACAAAUACAAGUCUUUUCAAAAGCUGUUCAUAAAUUACGUAAGAUUUCGAAGAUUUGCAACCAUCACUCUAUGUAAGAUUUAGUAAAUGUGUAAGAAAUUUUUAGACGACUCAGCAACUGAGAAACUUGCGUAAUCUUGAGCGGUUCCAUAUAUCACAACAAUAAACAGUUUAUACGUAAA